AGCGCCGCGGAUCGUUCAUCUCCAACUUCAACGCCACCAAGCUUUCUUCGAAUUUUUUCACCGCCCAAUGCGGAUCUGACGACCGUCGUAUUUGAACAACCUACGAUCGAUGCCCCCAUAUUAUGGGAACCGCCAAACCGCGUCCUUCUGGGAAAGCUUCCGUCGCCAAGACCCAGCCUUUACCCGAGAGGACUUUCAUAAUCGACAAUGGCGCGUAUACGAUGAAAGCCGGCUAUGCACCCGACUCGAUACCGGAAGAUGAAAUGAAGGCGCUAUCCGUCUGUUCUGUUGUUCCUAACGCCCUUACUAAGACACGUGAAGGCCGCGUCUACGUUGGCGCACAACUCAAUACCCAUGUUACCGACUGGAACGAGCUGAUGUUUCGACGCCCAGUUGAAAAGGGAUAUAUUGUGAAUUGGGAAGCACAAAAGGAAAUAUGGGAGCAUUCGUUCUUUGAUGAGAAGACUGUGCGAAGCAAGGACCUUCGAAUUGCGAACCCGGAAGAAACGACGCUUGUGCUGACCGAGGCACCAAAUGCUUUACCAGCGCUGCAGAAGAACGCAGACGAGAUUGUGAUGGAGGAGUGGGGAUUUGGUGGCUAUUUAAGAUGCGUGGGUCCGUCGCUGAACGCUUGGAACGAGAUCCAGUCCUUGUUUGCAGACCCCAUGGUACAAAAUUACGACCCGGCUGUACCAAGAGAAUGCCUUCUCGUUGUUGAUUCCGGCUAUUCUCACACCACGGUUACACCAAUCUACAAAGGCCAACCUCUUCAGCGUUCUAUUCGCAGACUUGAUCUUGGGGGCAAACAUCUUACAAACUAUCUUAAAGAGAUGGUAUCAAUGAGGCAGUACAACAUGGUAGACGAAGCAUAUAUAAUUAAUGAGGUAAAGGAGGCAGUGUGUUACGUGAGUAACGAUUUCGCUUAUGAUAUGGAACGGACUUGGAAGGGCAACCGAAAGCGUGGCCAACCCGGUUUUGGCGAAGGUGUCACGGUCGACUAUGUCUUGCCAGACCCAAAUGCUGGCAAAAAGGGAUUUAUGCGACCUCACGACCCUCUUUUAAAUGCCAAGAAGAGGAAAAGUGCGCUCUCGGGUUCUACUGCCGAGACGUUAUCUGAAGACGUUUUGAUCUUGAGUAAUGAGCGUUUCACGGUUCCUGAGAUCCUAUUUACCCCAAGCGAUAUUGGUAUGAAGCAGGCUGGUAUCACGGAUAUGAUUCUAGAGAGUCUUUCUGUAUUGCCAACUGGGUUACACCCUGCCUUCCUGGCAAAUAUCCUAGUUGUCGGAGGAAACUCGUUGAUUCCUGGAUUUAUGGAAAGACUUGAGAGAGAAUUGCGCGAAGUUGCUUCAGCAGAAUGCGUUGUGAGGGUUCGACGUCCUCAGGAUCCCAUCCGCUCCACCUGGCUGGGGGCAACUCGUUUAGCGACCAAUCAAGAAGAGAUGAAGAAGGUUGCUGUUACUCGCCAGGAAUAUCAGGAAAAUGGCUCUGCUUGGGUUGGCAGGAAAUUUGCUGGCGCGGUAUAGAAUCAAUGGCAUUGUUUCGUGGUGUUCAGGAUUGGGCUCCCCGGUAUACAUUGAAUUUGGAAGACGCCGGUGACUUAGUAUGAUGUUUUGGUGUGUGCUCUCCCCCUCUCUCUCUCUAGGUAACAUUCGUUAGCGAUACCCUUUAAAAUUUCGAGAAUGGUUCGGCUCCAUAUAAUACUAAGACGUUCUGUUCUCUCUAGCCUUGGGGCAUUGGAUUGAGGAAUUUACUUGAUAUGUUACUAAAUUCAUGCUCGUAUAAUUGAACUUGUUGCAUCGAUUGAUUGAUUUCUACGCCAAAGCUCAAUUGGUUUACCCGUAUAUUAGCAGUACAUACAUAGUUUGAAGAUAAGUGGUAUGGAUAUCUUGUUUGUUGUAUGUACCCCGCUAUUAUUAUUAUUAUUUCUAGUUAUUCAUUGUUA